AGUGUGUUCAGCAUGGCAGCUGUUAACUGUGUGUUAUGGGAGGAAAACUUUCUGUGCCCUAUCUGCCUGGAUGUCUUCACAGCUCCCGUCACCACACAGUGUGGACACAACUUCUGCAAAGCCUGCCUCAUUGAAAACUGGAGAGUCAAUAGAUCACGCCAGUGUCCCGUCUGCAAACAUUAUUUCGACACCAGAACUGAGGUGCACGUCAAUAUCUUCAUAUCUGAGAUGGUUGCUCAAUUGAGGCAGUCGGCCGUGAAAAAAUCCUUGGAAGUUGCCCUAGAAGGUGAGGUUCCCUGUGAUAUCUGCACUGGGACCAGGCUGAAGGCUCUCAAGUCCUGCCUGGUGUGUCUGUCCUCGUACUGUGAGACUCACCUGGAGCGACAUCGGACAGUGUCAGGGCUGAAGAGACAUACGCUCAUCGAGCCUCUGGUAAACCUUGGAGGCAGAAUGUGUUCAAAGCACAAUGAACUCAUGGAGCAGUUCUGCAAGACAGACCAGAUGUGUGUGUGUCACCUUUGCUAUGAGCUUGACCACAACUCACACCAUGUUGUAGCCCUGAGUGAGGAAUGUGAAGAAGAGAAGUCUAAGCUGGCGAGCACGGAGGCGGAUUUUCUGUGCAUGAUCGAUGAGUUGCAGUAUAAAGUGCUGGAGCUCAGAGGGUCAGUGCAGCUCAGCAAAGAAGCUGCAGACAAUGCAGCAGCAGAUGGUGCACGUGUCUUCACUGUCCUGAAGCAACGUUUGGAGACGGAUCUGUCCAAGCUCACUGAAGAGAUCAAGAGGCAACAGGAAAUUAAAGCAAAUCACGCCAAGGGUCUUAUUGAAGAGCUUGAUCGGGAGAUCUCUGAGCUGACAAGGAGAAAAUGUGAGCUUGAGAAGCUGUCACGCUCUGAUGAUCCCCUCCACCUCCUCCAGAACUCCUCAACCCUGAGGACCUUCCCACCCAUUAAAGACUGGAAGAGAGUCAGCCUCCAUCAGCCAUCGUUUGUGGGGACCGUGGCCAGAGCCGUGGCAUGCCUCAAAGAGACACUCAGCAGAGACACAAUGGACCUGCUCAAGGCUGAACUAAAGAGGGUAAGGCAGUACGCAGUGGACGUGACCCUUGACCCUGACACAGCGCACCCCACACUCACCCUGUCUGUUGAUGGGAAACAAGUGAAUCACAGUGAUAUGGACGUGACACUUCCAGACAACCCGGACAGAUUCUCUACUUCCAUCCUUGUCUUGGGGAGGCAGAGUUUCGCCUCCGGCAGUUUUUACUAUGAAGUUGAGGUUAAAGGGAAGACUAAGUGGGAUCUGGGAGUGGCCAGUGGUUUGGCAAACAGGAAAGGACUAGUCACAUCAAGCCCAGAGGCUGGCUUCUGGACCCUGCAGCUAAGGAAUGGAAAUGAGUACACAGCUCUUGCCGACCCUGACAUCUUACUCUCGGUGAAAUCGCGACCUCAGAGGGUGGGGGUGUUUGUAGAUUAUGAGGAGGGUUUAGUCUCAUUUCAUGACGUUGACACUGCAAAUAUUAUCUACUCCUUCACUGGCUGCGUCUUCAAUAACAGACUCUACCCUUUCUUCAGUCCUUGUUUCAACGAGGGAGGUGUAAACUCUGCCAGUCUCACAAUCUCUCCUGUUCGUGAAGCUGAUGUUAUAUAAAGCUAUCCAUUGAUAUUGUGGCAA